CGCCACCAUUCCAUGCUAACAGCAACAACCAACAACACAAAUCAUCAGUCGUCUGUCGCAGGAGAAAAAAAAAAAAGGCUUUCUUGUCCCACAGGCCACAGGAAAGGAGACUGGGAGAAAAGUCGAUUGUGAUUAGUUGAUCACCGUCCACACCAUGAGCUCUCGCAUGGCCGGGGCAGCGGUUCUGCGCCACCUAGGCCCGCGCCUGUUCGCCGCCGAGCAGGCGGCCGUGUCCGGGCUCACCGCGAGGGGCGUCAUGCCCGCGGCUGCGAGGCUUCUCCCCGCGCGGAUGGCCAGCACCGCCGCCGAGGCUGCCAGAGAAGAUGCCGGCGCAAAACAGCAUGGCGGCACCGGGAAGCAAGAGGAGGCAGCAGGCGGCGGGCAGAGCAAGAAGGCCAUCGUCAGCUACUGGGGCAUCGAGGCGCCCAAGCUCGUGAAGGAGGACGGCACGGAGUGGAAGUGGACGUCCUUCCGGCCGUGGGACGCGUACACGUCGGACACGUCCAUCGACGUGAAGAAGCACCACGCGCCGACGACGCUGCCGGACAAGGCGGCGUACCUGAUCGUCAAGUCGCUGCGGGUGCCCAUGGACCUCUUCUUCCAGCGCCGGCACGCCAGCCACGCGCUGCUGCUGGAGACGGUGGCGGCCGUGCCGGGCAUGGUGGGCGGCAUGCUCCUCCACCUGCGCUCGCUCCGCCGCUUCGAGCACAGCGGCGGCUGGAUCCGCGCGCUGCUGGAGGAGGCCGAGAACGAGCGGAUGCACCUCAUGACGUUCCUGGAGGUCACGCAGCCCAAGUGGUGGGAGCGCGCGCUCGUGCUCGCCACGCAGGGCGUCUUCUUCAACGCCUACUUCGUCGGCUACCUUCUCUCUCCCAAGUUCGCGCACCGCGUCGUCGGCUACCUCGAGGAGGAGGCCGUGUACUCCUACACCGAGUACCUCAAGGACCUCGAGGCUGGCAUCAUAGAGAACACGCCGGCGCCCGCCAUCGCCAUCGACUACUGGCGCCUCCCCGCCGACGCCAAGCUCAAGGACGUCGUCACCGUCGUGCGCGCCGACGAGGCGCACCACCGUGAUGUCAACCACUUCGCGUCGGACAUCCAUUACCAAGGGAUGAAGCUCAGGGACACGCCUGCGCCGCUCGGUUAUCACUAACAAGUCGACGUGGCCUGCUGCUCAGUUCAGCAUUUUUACACAAUUAUUACCCUAUCGUUAAUCUUAUACGUUGUGCUAGCCAAAGUUGCUCAGCAGAUCGAUCAGGACGGGUUUGCUACUCGGAGUAGCUUGUAUACUUUGUACAUAUACUAUUAAAGAUAUUUUAAAUAACAAUACAUGAGUAUUUCCUUCUAUAUCAA